AUGGAUCAAUCUAUCGCGAAUGUCGGCGCGGCCAUUGCGACGUUCCUACGCGAUGUGCAGGCAGAGGUCAGUAAUAUCAAGCAAGCGAAUACCACUUUGACGGAACGUCUUGAAGCGUCUCAUCCGCGCAGCGAUGAGCGCAUUCAGAAGGUCGAAAGGCAGUUGGAGGUCAACGAGACUAUGCUCAACAACGUGCAAAACAACCUGCGCCAGGCGGUCACCCGCGUCGAGCAACGCACGGGACAAGUCGCACAGCUGACAUCCGAUGUCGCCCAAUUGUGCAAGGAGUGUGAUGCGAUGAAGCAAGCGUUGCAGACGAGUCAGAAGCAGCAACAAAGCACUGGCGGAGAUGCGCGCAUUGCCGAGCUUGAGAAGACCGUCGCAAGGGUGAAGAAAGAUGGGCUUGUGGCGACGGCUGCGACAAGCACACUGCAGAUCUACCAGCAGCAGGCAUCCCGGCAUCGCAAAGAACAAGCUGAACAGCUCGAGGCGCUCUCAGUAGCAAUACGAGAGAUCAAGGCGCAAAAUCAGGAGUUGAGGAAGGAGUUAGCUGGGCGCGAUGUCCGGCAGCACGACAGCCCCAUGGCAGAUGCGAUCCCCGAACAAGCCGCCGAAGGAUCAGAUGCGCCUUACGUGGCAGGUGGACUCAACUCCGACAGCGCUGAAGCAGAGGAUCCAAGCUCGCAAGCAUCAUUCACGACCGCUCGUCCAUCAUUCCAGCGAGGCGCUUCUGUCGCUACGGACAUGACGUUUGGCAGAACACCGCAGCCAGCAGCCCGUGGAGCCUCACUACAAGGGGAGCGCCUCGAAGCCUUCCGUGCCAGCAACGUCAUCAGGGGGCUCAGCUUAGACAACCCCCAGGAGACCAGCCCCAAGAAGAUCGUACACAGCCCACCAGAGCCCCACAACCCUAUGCGUAAGAAACAACGGGUCGAUACUGCCGCCGAUGAAGGUGCAAAGAGGGAUGCCUUCAAGAAGCCUCAGGUGCCGGUGAGAGGCGGCAAGAGACCAGUCCGUCGUCCUCCAGGGAGUACGUCAUCACGUGCGAAGCAGGGCAGCAAGAACAAUCAGGCGAAUAAACCAUCGGUCAUUGCUGAGUAUGUGGAAGAUGAAGGUGAUGAUGCAUCGAGUGAGAUCAUCGUCACCCGCCGUUCAGUCACGAGCGCUGCAUCUGAUGGUGCUGCCACCUCCCAUCCCGCCGCUCUCGAAGAAAAAGAAGAGCGUGACCCCUCUACAGCGGAUGCUGAUGCAUCGGCACUGCUAGCCAGCUUCGGAGUACGUACGGGAGAGGUGCAGAAGUCUGCUUCUCGCGCUGCGUCAACCGCGGCAUCGGUGUCUUCCGCUAGAAGUAGUAGGAGGUCUGACGUCUUUGCGCGCGAGAAGGUAUCCGGACGCAAGCAGUUGGCACACGACGCUUCGAUGGAAGUCGACGAUGACAUGACGUUUCACCCCAUGCCGCACCCGAACAAAGCGCUCCUACAUCCAGCGUCGUUGCCUUCACCGAGUGAUAAGGGGAACCGAGAAGAGGCCCCGACGCCUGCCGUCAACGGUACCGUCCACGCAGGCCAGCAGAUCGGAGCAGGAACGCAGAAAGCUCAGUCCUCCACACCAGUCAAGAGACGCCUGAGACAGAACCCGCUAAAGUCGCAGAAGGCGGAGGAGAUGCCUUGGCCGAAAGACUGGAAGAAGGAGUUCGCAAAGGAGUCGAGGAGAGCGUGA